AUGGCCGGUUCUGCUCCCGCUGCUGCCAAGGACAUCAAGUCCGUGCUUGAUAACAAGCCCCUCAAGUUCAAGUUCAAGACCGGAGGCGCUUCAUACAUCGCCCAGGUUCACACUGAUCGCUCAUCAUACGAGCGCGUCAAGUCAACCCGGACGAGCUCCGCCGAUUCCAUCAGCUCGGCCUCGACAACUGGGUCCAAGUAG